ACCGUCUGGAAAGUACUUUUCAAUCCCUUCUUCCUCAUUUGCUUGGUGGUGGUGGUGUCAGCCACUUAGCCAACCUACAAAACCUCCAUUGUAACGUAGGACGCUCUCUCUCUCUCUCUCUCUCUCUCUCUCUAACGCUAUCUUGCUUGUUUUAGUCUCUAGCACAGACAUUCCCUCAAAGCUCGCAUUGAUGGCUUCCACCAACCUCUACCACUGCUCUCCGAUGGCUCCGUCCCGUUUACAGGGCCAGAAUGGUGUAUAUUAUGGUGCAAGACAGUUUCCCGCUAAUGGGUAUCCUUGUGAUUUUGUUCUGGCAAAUGUAACAAAGAGAUUGCCUUUAAGCUUCAAUGGUACUGGUAGAGUGGUGAGAGUUACGGUGGGUGAACCAAAUGGGAUUGAAACACGGCCUGAUGAGAUAGAAACAGCUUUUGGAACAAUAGCAGCGGAGAUAACUCCUACUGCUAGGGGUUUCUUUUCCAAUGAUGACUAUGAAUUGGACCGUCCUACAGAUGGGUUUUCUUCCAUUCCGGAGGCGGUUGAGGAUAUCAGGAAAGGCAAGAUGGUAAUUGUUGUAGACGAUGAAGACAGAGAAAACGAGGGAGAUCUUAUAAUGGCCGCGUCGAAGGUGACGCCGGAGGCUAUGGCGUUUAUCGUCAAGCAUGGAACUGGAAUUGUGUGUGUGAGCAUGAAAGGGGACGACUUGGAGAGGUUGCAACUCCCAUUGAUGGUGACUCAGAAUGAAGAGAAGCUUUGUACAGCAUUUACUGUGUCAGUGGAUGCAAAACAUGGCACAACAACUGGUGUCUCAGCUCGUGAUAGAGCAGCCACGAUAUUGGCUCUUGCAUCAAGACAUUCUAAACCUGAAGAUUUCAACCGCCCUGGCCAUAUUUUCCCCCUCAAGUACAGGGAGGGAGGGGUCUUGAAAAGAGCUGGACACACAGAAGCUUCUGUUGAUCUUGCUGUUUUGGCUGGGUUAGAACCUGUUGCAGUUUUAUGUGAGAUUGUGGAUGAUGAUGGUUCUAUGGCUAGAUUACCAAAGCUUCGCCAGUUUGCAGAGGCAGAAAACUUGAAAAUUAUUUCCACUACUGAUUUAAUCAGAUAUAGGAGGAAAAGAGAUAAGUUGGUGGAGCGCGCUGCUACUGCACCAAUACCCACAAUGUGGGGGCCAUUCAUAUCCUACUGUUAUAGGUCAUUGCUGGAUGGGAUUGAGCAUAUUGCCAUGGUUAAAGGAGAUAUUGGCAAUGGACAAGACAUUCUUGUGAGGGUACAUUCUGAGUGUCUCACAGGUGAUAUAUUUGGAUCAGCCAGAUGUGAUUGUGGAAAGCAGUUGGCACUUGCAAUGAAGCAAAUUGAGGCAGCAGGUAGGGGUGUAUUGGUCUAUCUCCGUGGACAUGAAGGUAGAGGAAUCGGUCUCGGCCACAAGCUUCGUGCUUACAAUCUUCAGGAUGAUGGGCGCGAUACAGUUGAAGCAAAUGAGGAGUUGGGGUUGCCUGUUGAUUCUCGGGAAUAUGGCAUUGGUGCACAGAUACUUCAAGAUGUCGGUGUCCGGACGAUGAGGUUAAUGACAAACAAUCCUGCGAAGUAUGUCGGUCUUAAAGGUUAUGGUUUGGCAAUUAUAGGCAGGGUUCCAUUGUUGACACCAAUAACCAUGGAGAACAAAAGAUAUUUGGAGACUAAACGUGAGAAAAUGGGGCAUAUCUAUGGCUCAGAAGAUGAUGGCCAUGUAAAUGGCAAUUCCAGCAUUGACAGAUCCUCAGGUGGUGCAUCUGAGACAUAACCAAAGUUCCUAUGCUUGUGGCUUGUAGUGUUAAAUUCAAAGUUCCAAUUUUUGUUUCUUAAACUAAAGUUGUAGUAAGAAAUGCAUUCUUGCUUAAAUUUUUCUUAAAAGCCAUGUCUUUUAAUUUUUUAAGGCAUGUAACUAGAUGCAUGUCUCCCUUUAUUGUGAAAGUGUAAAUAGAUGUAACAUAAGAUUCUUGCUUCA